CAAAUGUUUCGUUCGGAUUUCAUUUCAUUUCAUUUCUUGAGCCGAAAGAGAAAGAAGAGAGUGAACUUGUUUUUCUUGAACUCAACAACCAACCAACAAGAAUGUCCAUCUUCUGUGCUACACUCGGCUCCUUCACUUCCAUCUCCUUCGUCUCACCUUCACAAUCCCAAUCCGACCCUUCUUCUUCUUCUUCUUCUUCAUCUUCGUCUUCUUUGUUCAGUUUUCGAAAAUGUCCCCACAAGUUCACUGUAAAAACUCCAUGGCUAUGGCAGCAUCCUCAUCAUCACCACUUCCACACCGCUAAAACCUCCGUCUCUGGCAAUACCCAGAUUGAUCAAAACCCGGAAACUGGAAUUCUUCGACGCCCUUCUGUUUCAGACCCACUGCAGGAUGACCCUCGUCAAGCUCGGAAAUUGUCGGAUUGGAAGGCGGCAAAGGCAUAUAAAGAAAGUGGACUUGUUUAUAGUGGCAGGGUUGAAGGUUUUAAUGGUGGAGGCCUGCUGGUUCGCUUUUAUUCUAUAUUGGGGUUUCUCCCAUACCCACAAUUGAGCCCAAUGCACUCAUGUAAAGAACCAGAAAAAACUAUCCAAGAAAUAGCAAAAGGCUUAGUUGGUUCAGUCAUGCCAGUGAAGGUAAUUCUAGCAGAUGACGAUAAGACAAAAUUGAUCUUCUCUGAAAAGGAAGCUGCCUACUCAAAAUUUUCAAAACAGGUCAAGGUCGGGGACAUUUUUGAAGCAAAAGUUGGUUCUGUUGAGGACUAUGGUGCUUUUGUUCAUUUGCGCUUCCCCGAUGGUCUUUAUCACCUAACUGGACUAAUACACAUCUCAGAAGUGUCAUGGGAUCUAGUUCAAGAUGUAAGAGACUUCUUAACAGAUGGUGAUGAAGUGAGGGUCAAAGUUAUCAAUAUUGAUAGUGGAAAGUCUAGGAUUACUCUGUCAAUGAAACAGCUAGAAGAAGAUCCACUUCUAGAAACUCUGGACAAAGUAAUACCUCAGGAUGGUAUAGCUGACUCUGAUUCUAUGAGUGAUAGUGGUAGCAGUGGCAUUGAGCCCCUUCCAGGGCUUGAAUCAAUCCUUGAAGAGCUUUUACAGGAAGAUGGUAUAUAUGAUGCAAGAAUCAGCCGUCAAGGGUUUGAAAAACGAGUGGUCUCGCAAGACUUGCAACUUUGGCUUUCUAAUGCACCUCCUACGAAUCAAAGGUUUACCCUCCUUGCUCGGGCUGGUAGACAGGUGCAGGAGAUACAUCUAACUACAUCCCUUGAUCAAGAAGGUAUCAAAAAGGCAUUACAACGAGUAUUGGAGCGGGUCCCCUGAGUUUGAGUUUGAUAAUCACUACGAUUUUGUACAGUCAUUCCUUUUUAAGGUUUGAAAAAGACAUCACUCACAUUCACCAUAUUUUGUAAUGCAUUUAUAUAUCCAAUGUGAUUUGAUUAACUGCAAAUAAGUUGUUGUAAAAACACUCUUAAUUAGUAACAAUUUGCUUUAAUUCA